CCACACUGAGGGUUAAGUAGCAUUUCCGUCUGGCAAUGGAGGACAUUCGGAUUUCGCAACCUGUAAGGAAGUGACAAUCCUUUCCCUGCAAAAUCGGAGAGUAUACAGAGAGACGCAUCGCAUAAUAUAUAGUUAUACGGAGAGAGCAUCGUAGGGUUUAAGCAUGGCGAGGGCUAUACUUCCCAUUCCGACCGACACCUACAACCUAGGGUUCAUCGGCGCCGGCAAAAUGGCGGAGAGCAUCGCCAGAGGAGUCGUCAAAUCCGGCGUACUGCCUGCCUCUAGGAUUCGCACCGCUCAUCUCGGCGCCGCUCGCCGAGCCGACUUCGAGUCAUUCGGCGUCAAAGUUGUCGAUCUCAAUAGCCAGGUAGUUGAAGAUUGUGAUGUUAUCAUUUUUUCUGUCAAACCUCAGAUUGUUAAGGAAGUGGUCUUGCAGUUGAGGCCAUUACUCUCGGAGAGGCAGCUUCUAGUUUCUGUUGCUGCAGGAGUUAAACUAAACGAUCUCCAGGAAUGGGCUGGUCAUGGUCGAUUUAUUAGGGUGAUGCCGAAUACUCCUGCUGCAGUGGGGGAGGCUGCAUCUGUUAUGAGCUUGGGCACAGCUGCAACGGAAGAUGACGGAGAAUUAAUAGCUGGGUUGUUUGGGUCAAUUGGAAAGAUAUGGAAGGCCAAUGAGAAAUUGUUUGAUGGAAUAACUGGUCUGAGUGGCAGUGGCCCAGCAUAUAUUUACUUAGCAAUAGAGGCACUAGCUGAUGGAGGGGUGGCUGCAGGUCUUCCACGGGAACUUGCAUUGGGUCUAGCUUCUCAAACUGUAUUGGGAGCAGCAGUUAUGGUUACAAGAGGAGGAAAGCAUCCGGGGCAGCUUAAAGACGACGUUGCAUCACCUGGCGGGACAACAAUAGCGGGUAUUCAUGAGUUGGAAAAGAGUGGAUUUCGAGGGAUAUUGAUGAAUGCUGUUGUUUCGGCCGCCAAGCGUAGUGAAGAGUUUUCAAAGAGAUAAUUUAUGGUUCUGAUGAUUGGUACCGGUAGUAAACAACCAACUUUAAAAUAAUUUUAGGCGGUUAUCGGAACAAGUUAGAUCUUCCUUGGCCAUACUGUUCCGCUGUAUGGCUAAAGAUAUAAUUAAGGUCUAGAAUUUUCUGAUCAGAUUGUUGGAUUCACCAGCUCUCUCUGGUUGCUGUCUUUCUUGUAGUUUUUACUCUGGGAUUAGUUGUCUUUGAGACCAUACUGUCCAAAACAACUUCCCCGCCUUCUGCUUCUGUUCCCAUCAUUUUUUCUGUACGCUUUUGCUAAGACUUACCGUCCAAAACUAUAUUAAGAAUUAAUAUUGUUUUAUUUCUUUUUGUUUACUA